UCGGGACAAACCAGAUUGUCACAUGACUGAAGAGCAUUUAUUACGCCACAGUUUCCACUAUAAUGUGCUCUGUGGGUCCAGUCAACUGUGUGGGAGUGACUAAAGUUACCUUGGUGUGUCAGCGGACUGGUUGAGAGGAGCUGGACUUCGAACAGAGCAGGAGAGUGUAAACUGUCAACUUGUCAAUGAGUUUACAGACUGUGUGUGUGUGUGUGUGUGUGUUGACAUGUGUGUACCCUCAGCAGUUCCACUGCCUGCUCUGUAGCUCUCCUCCUCAGCAGAAAGCAAUCUAUGGAUUUCCGCCAACUGUGCUCGUUUGAAACGUUCCUGCAGGUCUCCGGCCAGUACGGUUAUGAUGGGAGGCUGGAGGACGUGGUCGAGCAGGAGUUCGCUCGGAUCAAAGGAACCACCUACCUGGAUCAUGCAGGAGCCACCCUGUACCCCGAGUCUCUGCUCAGGAACUAUGGCCUGGACUUAUCAAGGAAUGUCUACGGGAACCCUCACAGCCAUAACCCCAGCAGCAGAUUGACACAUGACACCAUAGAGAGGGUCAGAUACAGGGUAUUGCAGCAUUUCAAUGCCACCCCCGAGGAGUACUCUGUGAUUUUCACUUCUGGUUGUACAGCCGCACUCAAAUUAGUGGCAGAGAGCUUUCCCUGGAGGCCGCAGACUGCGAGAGAAGCAGGGAGUCACUUCUGCUUCCUCAAUGACAGCCAUACCUCUGUAGUUGGCAUAAGAGGGUUGACUUCUGGCCGGGGGGUAGUUACCCUGCCUGUCUCCCCACAGGACGUGGUAGACAGGGCAAAGGACGAGCCUCGGGGUGAAGAUGACAUUUGCCAGACACCGCACCUUUUCUGCUACCCAGCACAGAGCAACUUCUCUGGGAGGAAGUAUCCCCUUAGCCACGUGAAAGGUAUCCAAGCAAGACGCCUCUACCCAGCGUGCGACCACCGAGGCCGCUGGUUUGUGCUCCUCGAUGCCGCCUCUCAUGUCGGCUGUUCCCCUCUAAACCUACAGGAGUGCCCCGCCGACUUCAUUCCCAUCUCCUUCUACAAGAUGUUUGGCUUCCCCACAGGUCUCGGGGCCCUGCUUGUCCGUAACGACGCAGCAGGCAUACUAACAAAGUCUUAUUUUGGAGGAGGCACAGCAGCAGCGUACCUUUCUGGAGAAGAUUAUUAUGUGCAUUCAGCAAACAUUUCUGACAGAUUUGAAGAUGGAACUGUCUCUUUCUUGGCCAUUGUUGCUCUGAAUCACAGCUUUGAAGCUCUCUACAAGAUCACAGGGGGCAUGCAUAACAUCCAACAGCACACGUUUGGCUUGGCCCGCUACACUUACAUGCUGCUGUCAAGUCUUUGCCAUGGCAACGGGCAACCGGUGGCUUGGAUUUACACCGAAGGCCAGUUUGAAUGUCCGAGCACACAGGGUGCAAUUUUAAACUUUAACCUAAUGGAUUCUCAUGGAUUGAUAAUUGGGUAUUCUAAGGUGGACAGAAUGGCCAGUCUGUACAACAUUCACGUGCGCACAGGCUGCUUCUGCAACACAGGGGCCUGUCAGUCCUUCCUCGGGAUCACCGAUCAGCAGAUGAGGAGAAACCUGCAGGCCGGCCACGUCUGUGGAGACGGCAUCGACCUGGUGGACAGCCAGCCGACCGGAUCGGUUCGCGUGUCCUUUGGUUACAUGUCAACAUUUGAAGACUGUCAAAAGUUCCUGAACUUUGUUGCUGAGUGCUUUGUGGAGAAACCGGUCACAGUGGACCAAAAGAAACUCGAAAAGCUAAAAACAACCACAGCGACAUCCCUGGGCUCAAAUGAAGAUCCGCCGACCAAAAUUUCUAAUGGAGAAAUAUAUAAAGGAGAUGAGAAGGAGCCCACAGAACCAUCACUGAAGGGAUUUGGACACAGAGACUCAGAAAGCCACGGGGAGGCUUAUACUCUCACCAGCAUCUACAUAUAUCCCAUCAAAUCAUGUGGAGCACAUGAGGUGCACGACUGGCCGGUGGGACCACAGGGUUUACUCUACGACAGAGGCUGGAUGGUUGUGAACGCAAACGGCGUGUUUCUGAGUCAGAAGAGAGAAACACGUUUAUGCCUAAUUCACCCACAAGUCCACAUGCCUUCAAACAAAUUGCUCCUGCAGGCUUCAGGAAUGAACACCAUUUCUGUUCCUUUGGAAAACAACACUCCAAAGCAGACAAGCCAUCAGGUGUGCCAGAGCAAAGUUUGUGGUGACAGGGUGGAGACUGUCGACUGUGGGGAUGAGGCUGCUUCGUGGCUUUCAGACUUUCUUGGACAGCCGUGCCGUCUGAUAAGACAAAGUCCUUAUUUCACCCGAGACAUGAAGAAGAGCCCGAGUGGAGCUGCCACCUCCACAUCCCUCUCCCUGGUGAAUGAAGCUCAAUAUCUCAUGAUCAACCGUGCCAGUGUGGAGCUCAUUGAGAAACAAAUGAGCCGCAGUCGGGACUAUUCUGAGGGCGAUCAGCUCCUUGACACACAGAAUGUCAUUAGCCGCUUCCGAGCCAAUUUAGUCAUCACUGGAGUCGAACCAUUUGAGGAAGAUAAUUGGUCACACUUGAUUAUUGGCAACACUCGAUUCGUGGUGGCAGGGCAGUGUGGAAGGUGCCAGAUGGUGGGAGUAGACCAGGAAACAGGGACCAAAACAAAAGAGCCGCUUAUGUCUCUGUCUGCUUACCGCAGAGGGAAGGUGACUUUUGGUGUGUACCUGACCCAUCAGCUACCCAAGGGCUCCCUCUCUGUUGGCUGCCUCAUACACCCUGAUCCCCUCACUUCGUGAAGAGGCCAUCUGCAUCAACAGCCUCUUUUAUUUAUUUUGGUGAUAUCUUUGGUCCUAACCACUCACGCCCUGAAACCCAUGUCAUACACUGUGUGGUAAAGUAGAUUUGAAGUAAUCAUUGCAUGACAAAAUUACAAUUUGGAUAUGUUGCUGUUAUUUGGGGCAAAAACAAGUUAGGCUUGAUGCUUUAAUCACAGUUCAUGUUAACCUCCCAGACAGCUCUUCCACUGUUUUCACCCUAGGAGGUUUAUAUUGCUAUUUAUUCCAAACACAACACCACUGUAGCUGCUGCCAGAAUUCAGAAACAUGUUGCUCGCUUUAAUGAAAAACCCCACCAGAAAUCCAGUGCUCGGUACGUACUCCCAAGUGGUGCUGAAUUGGACAUACUAUUUUAUACCAGGACAUGUAAUAAUUUGAAAAGAGUAGUAAGGUUAGGUUUGAUGGCCAGCAGAAAUUUUAUUCUCAGAGUAAUAUGCUCGAAUAUAAAGUGUAUAUGUGCUGUACUUAUCUGUCAAUGUCUGGUAGUAAAGCUGGUCCUAUGUUGCUCACCUAUGGUGGAGUUAAAGAAAGAGGUGGUUGCGCGGUAUCCCAAGGUUUUUCAAUUGUAUUUGUACAGCGACAAAUCAUAAUAUACAUUAUCUCAAGGCACUGUACAUAAAAGGUCAAGACCUUAAAAUUAAGGUUAAUUUAUUUAUUAAUUAAUUAACGUCUGAGUGUUUAAGUACGUGGUGGUCCAUUUUAGUACUUGUGUUUUGGGGACUUAAAUCUGUAAAGAAAAAGGUCAAAAAUGGGAAUCUUUUAUUUUCACUAUAAUUUCAUCCAAGUGACACACUGAGAGAAUGAAUGACUAUUCCUGAAUUUCAUAAACUUCCCGAAAUGAAACCAAAAAUGUCUUAAACCAAAAAGCUUGUCAAAUGGGGAUCAAAGGUCUACUUUGUGUCAGUAAAGGGGUCAGAGACACAUUAUGGAGACCCGUUAAGUCCCCAUAUUGUAAAUCAUUCAAUUUAAGGUUGAAGACAUUCAGAUUAAGGUUCAUGUGAGGGUUAGGGUUAGGCCUAGUAAUUUAGGUUAAGGUAAAUUAAGGUUAAUCUCCAAGCAAUCAAUGCAAGUCAAUGCAAGGUUCUCUAAAGUCAUGACUGUGAUGGUUUGUGUGCAUGUGUGUGUGUUUGUGUGUGACAAUAUUUAAAGCCCUUACAAACAAAAGUUGAAUUAAAUUUAGAUAGAUGACAAAUUUUGGAACUGCCCAUGUAAAGUGUCUUGAUGAUGGCGAUGGGCACCGUCAAUUCAUUCCAGAAUAUUUCAGUUUGGUUGAGAUCUGGUGACUUCAUAGGCCAGCGGAAAUGAUUCACAUAAUUUCAACCCUGGUCCCCUCCUUCAUUGACGCAUUCACUCUGGUUCUGCCUUCAGUAUGUCACUCAUCUCUACCUCCUACUGGUGCACAGUCUGUACAGCAGUGUGUUCACUCUGGCAGUGACUGUGAAGCUUUCAAUUUAUUUAAUCUGCACUGUUUUGUUUAAAAACAGACAAUUACGUGUGAAAUAAUUUAAUUGAUCAAAGAAUAUUUAAAAUGGCUGUAUAAGUAUGUCACGUACUGUGUAUGACCAUAUAUAAUGUCACAGUGUAAUUUGUAUAUUGAAGAAUGUUUUUUAAUCGCAUUGUAAGAUACAUUUUGUGUCAAGUGACUUUCAGUGCCAUACCAGCACAAAGAAUGUGUCAGAUUUAAUCAUAAACCGUAAAUAAACAUUGGUGACACAUCUUCA